AUGGGGAAAGCAAGCAAGGAUAAACGUGACAUAUACUACCGCAAAGCCAAGGAAGAGGGGUGGCGCGCUCGCAGUGCUUUCAAGCUCCUCCAGAUCGAUGAGGCCUUCUCAAUCCUAGAGGGUGUGCGCCAUGUUGUGGACCUGUGUGCAGCACCCGGCAGCUGGAGCCAGGUCUUGAGUCGCAGGCUGUACCUGCCUGCCUUGCAAGCUGGCAGGCCUGAGGAUGCUCCAAAGAUAGUGGCAGUGGAUCUACAACCAAUGGCGCCCAUUGAGGGCGUGACUCAGAUACAAGGGGACAUCACCAGUACAUUGACAGCCAAUCAGGUCAUCUCGCAUUUUCAUGGGGAGAAGGCAGAUCUGGUUGUGUCAGACGGCGCCCCUGAUGUUACUGGCUUGCAUGACAUGGACGAGUUUGUGCAAGCCCAGCUCAUACUGGCCGCCUUGACAAUUGUUACUCAUGUCCUGCGUCCUGGAGGUUCUUUCGUUGCCAAAGUUUUCCGGGGCAAGGAAGCUGCACUCCUCUACUCCCAGUUGAAAAUCCUGUUUCCGGAUGUGACGAUUGCCAAGCCCAAAAGCAGCCGCAACUCGUCCAUAGAGGCGUUCGUAGUCUGCAGAAACUACACACCGCCGCCAAACUUCAGACCAGAAGCCCUCCAGGGCCUCCUGGAUCGCACAACCAGUGCUCAGGAUGAUAGAGGGGAACAGACCUUGGAGGAGCGGCUUUUAGUGCCCUUCCUGGCAUGUGGAGACUUGAGUGGCUACGAUGCAGACCAGUCCUAUGACCUCCCAGAUGACAACUACCAGUCCCUGGACCCCGUGCAGCCGCCCACAGCCCCUGCCUAUCGAAGUGCGCUGGCGUUCAAGAAACAGAGCCAAGGAAAGCUUCAGGCUGUUUGAUGUCAGAGUGAUUCGGAUGUGACAUUGUUUUGUCGCCUUAUUUCAGUUGGAUUUUGACAUUGAUACGUUCAAUUUGUCAGGCACCCAGCAACAGUCUUCCCGAGUCUUUCUGGGGAAUUUCCAAUGACUAGCUACUCUCUAGAUCUAAAUAAAGGUUGAGCUCAAAUAAUAUACUUUGAGGCUGUCGAGCAGAAUGCUGCAGAUGAGACGCCUGUUUAGGACCACCUGUAAUAUUGAAAUG